ACUUGUAUCUUGAUAAUAGCAUUGCUAAAGUACAGCUGACACAGCUGCUACUUCACAUUCAUACAGUAGCUCGACAGUUAGCUAGUUAAGCUAAUCAGAUCAGAAGCAGAUAACGUUAGCAAGCUAGGCUAACGUGAGUUAAGGCUAAGUUAGUUGGACGUGAGGACAAACGUUUGGUGUGUCUGAAGUCUCAGAGGAUAAAAGAUACGCAUCGUAAUGUCUCUUAGCGCCGUUCACGGAACAUUAUCGAGCUUGAAGUCAUGUCAGGCGGACAUCGGGACAGGAAUGGACAUAGUGACGGAUGUGGCUAUGGACCUGGCGGAAGCUCAGGAUGCCGAAGGGAAUUCUGGCAUCAAAGAGAUGGAGGCCAUGCUUCUGGAGUGUGCCAGGCUGGACAGGGAAAUUAACUACUUUGUUGACAUUGUGCAACAAGUCACAGCGGAGGUUACUGCACAGCAGCCAGAGGCCAUGUUCAGCCUGUCUGCCAAAGUGAAGGAGCAGUUCACAGAGAGAACAGCCAGGAUCUCUGACCGUGAUCUGCAGAGUCACCCGAAAGUAGCGGCCUUCAAGGACAGCAUCAAGAACUCUCUCAACCAAGCCAACCAAGAGUCAGCAGAGAACAUGGAGGAGCUCGAUGAGGACAUCGCUGUUACACAGAGCCAAGUCAACUUCACCUGCCCACUCACACAGGUGGAAAUGGUGAACCCAGUGAAGAAUAAGAAGUGUAACCACCACUAUGAUGAAGGAGCCAUACUGGGCCUGAUCAAAACAAAACACAGCCAGAAAAAGAAAUGCCGCUGUCCUGUGGUGGGCUGUGGGAACGGAGAUGUGAAAGAAUCAGAUCUGAUUCCUGACCAGGUGCUGAGGAGAAAGAUCCAGAGCCAAAAGAGACAGGGCACCCGGACAUAGUACUCUUUUCUUGGCAGAAUCAUUCAUCAUAAAACCUGUGAUUUGAUGAUAAUUUUCUGUACAAAGAAAGAAAUGUGUUGUUGGCAGUGUUUUGAGACAGUUGUUUUCAUCAGUACUCAAGUUGUUAACCUAUGUUUUGCCGAAAAUCUUAAUUUCUUAUAUUCAGAGAUUUGUACCUCCAGGUAAACUCUGCUGUCCAGUUAAAUUAGAAUUUUAAAAUUUAUUUGUAUUUCAGCAGGAGCGUUUUUGUGUACUCUUGUUGAAUGUAAAUAAAAGCUGAAGACCUUUUCAUGAACGAAUAC